AUGCCUAUUAAGAUUACUGAAGUACUUUUCAGUUGGGAUGAAGCUGGAACUGGAGCAAGAGACAAAGAUAGAUGGAGAACUAUCCCAGCAUUGUUUUCUAGCAUUUUGGACCUUUCUUACCCAAGUGAAAUGUUGNGGACCUUUCUUACGCAAGUGAAAUAUUUGCAGGUUAUUGCGAAUUUCAGUGCUUCAUGGUGUGGUCCAUGUAGAAUGAUUGCCCCAUUCUACUGUGAGCUGUCUGAGAAAUAUCUUUCUCUGAUGUUUCUAACAGUCGAUGUUGAUGAGCUUACAGAAUUUAGUUCAUCCUGGGAUAUCAAAGCAACUCCAACUUUCUUUUUCCUCAAGGACAGCCAGCAGAUUGACAAACUUGUAGGGGCCAAUAAACCAGAGCUGCAGAAGAAAAUAACCGCGAUUGCAGACACACAGGUAGUAUGUGAGACACAACCGCAGUAAUGGCUCUCGGAGGUAGGAAUUUUCUUGAAAUCCCUGCUUUCCAAUUUUAUCAAGAAUUCAGGUCUCCAAUGGGACUCCUUCCUUCCUUUGAGUUGCUGUCAUUAUGUUGUACAGUUGUACGUUGAGCCACUACUAAUUUUGGGGACAUCCUGUGUUUGCAAAAGAACUGAAGGCAGUCCAGUCCAUAUUCAACCCCCCUCUUUCGAAACAAAAAAAUCAAAAAUAAAUAAAGAAGUUAAGAAAAUGACGUGAUCAGAAUAAAAGUAGGGUUGCUUGUUUUGAUAUUCUGAUUAUGAGAGAAGGUGCAAUAUGCAAAAAGUUUGUAUCAUAACGUUAUUGACUUGUGUAUAUUCUAUUCCUUGUCAUUUUCAUAUUGGAAUUUCUGAAUA